AUGCCGUCAAUACGAAUCCCCGCGUUCCGCGGCGUCGCGUCGUGGCCAGCAGCCGUCCCCCUCGCCGUGCUUCCGCGUCGCCGUGCCCGUGACGCGCGGCGAAUGUCAGCCGUGCUGCUCCUCGCCGCGCUUCUCGCGCUUCAACCCGGAGCGCAACCGCAGCGCACCGCCGGCGGCGGCGGCGGCGGCGGCGGGGGCGGAUGCGGGGUGCUAAUCGCAAGAGCGGCGGAUUCGGCGUGGAUACACGAAGCCGACGCCAAGUCGCUGGCAGAGAUAAUGGGCGCGUGGGGCAAGCAGUUCGCGGGGUGGCAGAAGAACGCUGUGUGUGCGACCGCGUGGGGCCUGACCUGCAAGGACGUGUCGGGGCGAGUCGCUUCCAUGGCGCUUCCAUCGCAGCAGUUGAGUGGAGGCAUCCCAUCUGCCAUCAGCCGCUUGACCUACCUCACACGCCUGGACUUGAGCUCCAACCAGCUCUCAGGCUCCCUCCCUGACUUCUUUGGCGCGCUGCUCAACCUUCAAUACCUGGACUUGAGUGGCAACGCGUUUGAGGGAGCCAUUCCCAGCAGCUUCAGCAACCUCGUGAACCUCCGAUCGUUCUCGUUGCACCACAAUCAACUCUCCGGCCCCAUCCCACCUUUCAUCGACCAAGCCAAGCUCCUCUCCCUCCUGGAUCUAAGCAGCAAUCGCCUCUCAGGGCUCAUCCCGCCUCAACUCGCCUCCCUCACCAACCUCACCACCUUAAGUCUGGGUGGCAACGAGGGACUGGUUGGCAGCAUUCCAGAGGCAACAGGCAACCUCACGUCCCUGGAGUCCCUCAAGCUCGGGUCCACUCAGCUCAACGGCUCUCUGCCAGUCAGCCUGAGCCGCCUGAGUCAACUCACCAUGCUUGACAUCAGCAACACGGCAAUCAGCGGCACAGUUCCUGCUUUUCUCGGAAGCCUGUCUGACUUCCUCACAUUCAUGAAAAGCAGCAGCAUGACAUGCAACAACACUACCGACAGCAGCAGCAGUGUGUGCGCCCUGGUCAACCCCUCAACAGUCUCCCGCAACUCAGCCUUCUGCCGGGAGUGCUCAGACCUCUGCUCCACCUGCCUCCCAGCCGCUCCUUCGCCCACCGACCCCUCACAACUCUCAGGUUCCUCCUCUGCGUCUACCGGACUCAUUGUUGGGGUGGCGGUGGCAGUGGCUGCUGCUGCUGCUGCUGCUGUGGGCGGUGCUGUGGUGGUGGAGGAGACGGGAGCACGGGGAGAAGAAAGGUGA